AUGGUCCAGUUCCUCAAGCUCGACGACCGCACCGUCGUACAGUCUUGUUCCUUCACCAUGAGGCUCCUUGAGGCUGUAUUACUAGCUUAUUCUACCUCACUAUCCUCUGUGCUAGCCGCCACUCACGAGAUAUGGUGGGAUAUUACUUAUCUUAAUGCCAAUCCAGAUGGGUUACACGAAAGGAGGGUGAUUGGAAUCAACGGUACCUGGCCGCCCCCGCCGAUCGAAUUGAGCAGCAAUGACACACUGUGGUCCACGCUCAUAACUCUUUGGAUGUCCCUACGUCUCUACACCACCACGGAAUGUUCUUUCCAAACAGAACAUAUUUCGACGGAGCGGUCGGAGUUUCCCAAUGCGGAAUUCCUCCUGGAGAAUCCUUUACCUAUGAAGUUCCGGUCUUCGAAUGGUCUCCGUGGGCCUGUUGUGGUUCACCACAAAGACGCAGCCGGAGAAUCUCUCGAGGCUCAUAGGUCAUCCUAUGAUGACGAAAUGACCGUCGUCCUGGCUGAUUGGUACCACGACGAACACUCGGUCAACAACGCCAAAUUUCUCUCACGAUGGAACCCUGGUGGAGCUGAGCCUGUCCCUGAAUCGUCUUUGAUAUACUUCACUGCCAAUGGGACUAACAUUCCAGGGUUUAACGAGAAUACGACUCUGAAUUUCGUACCAGGGAAGACGUAUCGCUUGCGCGUGAUCAACACCAGUGCACUGGCAAUGUUUUAUUUCUGGAUCGAUGGUCAUGAAAUGCGCAUUAUUGAAGUUGAUGGGACCGAUGUUGUAGAGGCACCGACGCCGUUGUUGACCCUGACUGUCGCCCAACGCUACUCCGUUUUAGUAACAGCAAGAAACGACACGUCCCAAAAUUUUUUCGUUCAUGCGAAUAUGGAUGCCGAAAUGUUUGACUUUAUUCCAGAUGGGCUCGAGUUAAACAUAACUUCAUCAAUUACUUAUUCUGCCGACGCCCCAAUGGCUCCCGAACAAACUAUGGACGAUUACGAUUCGAUGCCAUGGGAUACGACGUUCAAGCCUUUAGAACCAAUGACUCUUCCUAAUCCUACCAAGGAGCUGGAACUUGGGGUCUUCUUCGAUACUAUGGAUAACGGCAUCAAUCGUGGGAUGUUUAACAAUGUUACGUGGAACGUUCCAAUUGUCCCUAGCACAAUCUCUGCUUUGACUAUGGGCGAAGAUGCGUCAGUCGCAAAUGUAUAUGGCCCAAACGCUGAAGUACUACAGUACGGCGAGAUUGUCCAAAUGACUGUCGUCAACUGGGAUGACGGAAAGCACCCAUUCCACUUGCAUGGUCACAAGUUUGCGAUUAUGCAUAGAUCCGAUGAUGUCACUUCGGACGAUCCGGCUGUCAACCCGCCGUUUGACAACAAUCAGGUGAAUCCAAUUUGGCGCGACACAGUGCAAAUUGAAGGAGGCGGAUCGGUAACUAUACGGUGGCAGGCCGACAAUCCCGGGGCGUGGCUUUUCCAUUGUCACAUUGAGUGGCAUCUCGAAGCUGGUUUAGCUUGGGUCUUCCUCGAGGCACCAAAUGUCAUGCAACAAUGGACUAAACCUCCUCAGUAUUAUUUCGACCAGUGUAAAAUGCUCGGAGUGCCUAUUUCAGGCAAUGCAGCAGGUCACAACUCGACCACGGACUUGAGUGGCCUCACAAUCGGUCCAUUCCCUCAGAAGUUGGGAUGGAACGCGAAGGGUAUUGGAGCGAUGACCGGAUGCGUUUUGAGCGCUUUGUUGGGUAUUGCAACUGUAAUCUGGUAUUCAACCGGACCAGGAAAAGACGCUGGAGAUGAUUGA